AAAUAAAUAAAAAAAUCACUUAUAUUCGAAAAAAUAUCUUCUUAAAAAACAUUCUCCGUUAUUACCGAGCACACCCCAAAUUUCUAUAUUGUCGUAUCAACAAAAGGCCGAAGAGUCAAAGACUCAGCAGUUUCAUCAAUUGUUAAGGGAAAAAAUGGGACAAGUGCAAAGUGAUGUCACUGACAAUCAAUCUCAAAGUGUUAAUAAUGAUUCUCAACCACGUUCUCUUGAUUCUUUGAUUGCUGAAGCUGCAGCAUAUGGUGAAGAUGGUGAGGAUGAGUCAAUUGACGAGAAAGCUCGGAAAGCCCUAGAAUGCCCUUGCAUUGCUCAUUUACGGGGUGGCCCCUGCGGUGACCAGUUUUCAGACGCUUUCCUCUGUUUCCUCAAGAGCACAGCUGAAGAAAAGGGCUCUGAGUGCGUUAGUCCGUUUGUCGCUCUUCAAAGCUGUAUCAAGGCAAGUCCUAAUGCUUUUUCGAAGGAUGUCCUUGAGGACAAUGAUGAUGAUGUGAGCAACAAAGAUGAAGUCCAGAAGGAGGAAACACCAAAACAAGAAUAUAGAAUCAUCCCUCCUAUUUGGUCUGUAGAAUCAAAGGGGACUAACCGUAAUAAGCUCUAGAAGGCUCAUCGUUUUCUUUUGUUUUUUCAGUUCUUUGAUUCGAGGAAGCUCUGGUGGCAUAAUAUUCUAAUACACUAAGUAGCAGUGUAUUGCAAAAGAUUUCUUUUCCUUUGACAUUUACAGGAUCAAACUUUUGAAGUUUAGUAAAAUGGAACUAUAGAGACUAGGCUAUAGCUUCGAAGGGAAGUUUGGAUUGGUUCAAGUUUUCAUGUGAUACUAACUUUUCAAUGUUAUGAAUUGCUAUUUUAUGGAAAA